CCUUCUCACCAGAGAUGCUGCCGGUCCCGCUGAGUCGCUCCAGCAUUUUGUGUCUAUCUUCAGUGUAAACCGGCGUCUGCAGUUCCUUCCCACACGCUGAGAUGCAUCCUUGCCCGGCCAUGGGUGAGCAGACUGCGGAGGUGUCCGCCGCUGAGAGGCAGCUGUUUACCUCCGAGGAGCUGGAAUGCAAGAUCUGCUACAACCCGUACAACCUGAAGACCAGGAGGCCCAAGCUGCUGGAGUGCUUCCACAGGGUGUGCUCCAAAUGCCUGCACAAGAUGGUCGACUUCGGCGACUGCUCGCUGGGCAUCAUCAGCUGCCCCUUCUGCAGAUACGAGACCAGCGUACUGGAGGACGUGGGCGGCCUCCCGGACGACAGCAACGUGGUUGCCGCCCUGGCCUGCAGGGAGAGGAGCCGGAGGCCCAACUUGGACAACCCGUCGGAGCUGCUGCUGUCCCCGAAGAGGCUGGCUUCCUUCCAGAGCCCCUCCCGCGCCUCCUCCAACUGCCUCGUGAUCACCAUCAUGGAGGUCCAGAGGGAUUCCCCGCAGUCGCAGGGCUCGGCCCCGGCCGUGGAGUUCUACAACGCCAGCUUCGACUCCAUGGGCUCCGUGUCUCGGCAGUGGGCCGUUUGGAACUGCACGCCCCUCCUGUGCCAGACGGUGGGCAGAAUCCUGGUCUGGCUGCUGGGCCUCCUGUACUUCAGCUCGCUGCCCCUGGGAGUCUACCUGCUGGUGAUCCAGAAAGUCACCCUGGGCAUCAUCUUCGUCAGCCUGGUCCCCUCCAGCCUCGUCAUCCUCAUGGUCUACGGUUUCUGCCAGUGUUUGUGCCACGAGUUUCUGGAUUGCAUAUCUUCCUGAAAGGAAAAGGAUAUCCCAGAGUAAGUGCGAGCUUACAGUGUGAGGCAGUGAUGCGGCGAGGAGUCGAGGCACCUUGUUUCAUAUUAGGUCGGGGUGGUGAACUGUGUAACUGUUGCCGUUGUACGUAACUGAAGAGACCUCCCUGGUGGUAGUAGAUUAUUUACGUUCUAUGGUACUUUGUUUGCCACGUGUACUGAGGUACAGCGAAAUUCAUUUCUGUAUGCAGUUCAGUACAAGGAUCACUAGACAUGAGCACUUCAGGGGUUAUGGGGAGAAGGCAGGAGAAUGGGGUUGAGAGGGAGAGAUAGAUUUGCCGUGAUUGAAUGGAGGAGUAGACUUGAUGGGCCGAAUGGCCCAAUUCCGCUCCUAUCACUUUUGGCCUUAGAUGCACCUCAGAUAAGCAUCUCAGAUACAGUACGAGCGUAUCAGAAAAUAUACAGUCGCCAGUUUGGAGCCAUUUUCAAGUCCCAGUUGUUGUGAGUGCAGGGUUCUUGGCCUGCCCAUGAAGGCCCAUUGUCAUGGCGACGUUGCAGGGUCGGCCUGGACAAGCGUAGCCGUGGUGUCCUCCACCACUGUAGGCCGCGUCCGGUCCACAUGCUCGGCCUCUUGGAGCGGCGCCGGGUCCAGCCGAGCCCCAGGUGCUGCAGGGCGGUUACCUGUAACGACUGUACAUCUCCUCGGGAUGUGAUAUAUAUACAUAUAGAUAUAUAUAUAUAUAUAUAUAUAUAUAUACACUCUUGCUGCACAUUUUAUCGAGUACAAUCAAGAGUUUCGAAGGACGAGCGGGGCAAUAAAUCAUUCUCAUUAUCACGUUGAGAGAUGGGAAGGAGCAUUUUAACAAAACCCUUAAUAGACCUUUAAAUCUAAGCGGCCUAUGGCCUUCUGAUAGGAAUGGAUCUAACCCAGUCCUUAUAUAUCAUGUGGUAUAAAUCCUGAGGAAAAGAUUCAUGCUCACCAUAAAACAUUCGGACAGAUGGGUUAUGAAUUUUCUAGGACAUAGCAUAUAGAGUUCGCCAAUAAAAUUAAUUAAACCAGAACUUCCUGAUGGGUAGCACGGUGGCGCAGCGGUAGAGUUGCUGCCU